UCCUUCAGGGACUCGCUCAAGGUGCUGCAGGCCGACAUCCAGCACGCCAACACCCUGGCGUCGGACUGCUCCAGGGACUACGACGGGGCCUGCCUGCAGAUGCGCAUGUCCUACAGCCCCGCCGCGCAGUUCCUCCUCUUCCUCGUGCGGUGGACCGACUGCAGCCUCGCCGGCGCGCUCGGACUCCUCAGGAUCCUCAUCUACAAGGUCUAUGUGGAUGGAACCACCACCAUGUCCACCCACGAGAGGAAGGCCAGCAUCAGGGAGUUCUACGCCGUGAUAUUCCCCUCACUCAUGCAACUGCACGACGGGAUCAGCGACGACGACGACCGGAGGCAGAAGGCGGCCUGCUCGGAGCGGUACAGGAGGAGAGACAACGAUGCAGAGAAAAGUAAGAAGCCCGUCGACGCCGAGAUCGACGAGGAGUGCGGGAUCUGCAUGGAGCUCAACGGCAAGGUGGUGCUGCCCAACUGCAGCCACGCCAUGUGCAUCGAGUGCUACCGUCAAUGGCGCUCGAGAUCGCAAUCCUGCCCCUUCUGCCGUGACAGCCUCAAAAGAGUCAACUCCGGUGACCUGUGGAUGCUCACAGACCACCGUGACGCGGUCAACAUGGCGACGGUGACUAGGGAAAACAUUAGACGUCUGUUCACCUACAUCGAGAAGCUGCCUCUCGUCACACUGGAUAACAUCUUUGAUGCCUAUGAUUCUCAUAGGAUGUUCCUCGUCCUAGGAUGUGGCUGACCAUGGAGCAGCUUGUGAACUCUGACAAAGAGACCUUGUGAGCUCUGACCAAGGUGCCGUAGAGUUGUGCCCAGUUUUUGUAAAUGCUUGUACAGAUGUAUAAUUUGCAUGGAAAUGUCUAGGGAUAGUCGAAUCAAUAUGUUCUACAGCAUGCUUUGUACAUAUUUGUAAUUUGGGUGAGAAUUUUUAGUGUAUGCAACUUAUUUA